AUGACCAACCUCUUGAACCGUCACUUAUCUCGACAUUCACAUCUCGCAUUCUGGGGCAGCAGAACCUUCUUGGCUUUCGGCCAUCUUCACUUCAUCAUCCUGGGUCUCGACCAUCUUCACUCCGUCGUUUUGACUCUCGGUCAUCCCCACUCAAUCACUUUGGCUUUCACUCAUCUUCACCUCAUCGUCUCGUGUUUCUUGGGCAGCAGAAUCAUGACUUACACUCUUCAACCCCAUCUCCACACCACCACCAUCUUGGCUUUCGGCCAUGCUUCAUCUUCGCGUGUCUCUGGGGAAGCAGAUUUACACUUUGCGUCUGGGGCAGCGCCAUCCGCACUUCAUCAUCUCGUGUUUCUGGGGCAGCAGAUUCACGGUUCAACCUCGAUUACUCUCAACCUCGAUCACUCACUUCAUCAUCAUUUUCUUGACUUCAACAUUCUGAGGCAGCAGAUUGUUUGGCCUUCGGCCAUCCGCACUUCAUCAUCUCGUGUCUCUGGGGCAGCAGAUUCACGUUUCGCGUCUUCACUUCGCGGCACCACCCACACAUUUUACUCAACCACUAUUUUCCUUCGACAUUCUGGGGCAGCAGAUUGUUUUCUCUUGGCUCUCAGCCACCUCCACAACACCAUAUUGGCACUCGGCCAUCCACAAUUCAUCUUGUGUUUCUGGGGCAGCAGAUUCACUCUUCGCGGAAUCAUCGCGACUUCACUCACCCACCUCAUCACCAUCAUUCUCUUGACUUCAACAUUCUGGGGCAACAGAUUGUUUCUGGCACUCGACCACCUCUUUCACUUUACAACCUUGACUCUUGCGUCUCUGGGGCAGCAGAUCCACGCUUUCGGCACCACUUCGCCUUCAUUCUCUCAUUCCAAUCCAACCACACUACCACCCCAACAUUCUGAGGUAGCAGAAUCUCUUUGGCCACCGGCCACUUUUCCGCUUUAUCAUCCGUAA